GUCGGUGGUUGCUUUGAGAGAAGCGUCCACGUCCUUCAUCUGACAUUGAAAAGUUUACUUCCGAGAAUUUGCUGAAUUUUUCGUGCGACUUAUCAGUCGUUUCCCAGCCAGCGGACAAACGAGAGUGAAAGUGAGCCAAGCGGAAGUAAGCAUGUCGAAGAUUGGAAUCAACGGAUUUGGCCGCAUCGGCCGCCUGGUGCUGCGCGCCGCCGUCGACAAGGGUGCCACCGUCGUGGCCGUCAACGAUCCCUUCAUCGAUGUGAGCUACAUGGUCUACCUGUUCAAGUUCGACUCCACCCACGGCCGCUUCAAGGGCACCGUGUCGGCGGAGGGCGGCUUCCUGGUGGUCAACGGCCAGAAGAUCACCGUGUUCAGCGAGCGGGACCCGGCCAACAUCAACUGGGCCAGCGCCGGCGCCGAGUACGUGGUGGAGUCCACUGGAGUGUUCACCACGACGGAGAAGGCCUCCGCUCACUUGAAGGGCGGUGCCAAGAAGGUGGUCAUCUCGGCCCCCUCGGCCGAUGCCCCCAUGUUCGUGUGCGGCGUCAACCUGGAGGCCUACAGCCCCGACAUGAAGGUGGUGUCCAAUGCCUCGUGCACAACCAACUGCCUGGCCCCCCUGGCCAAGGUCAUUGAUGACAACUUCGAGAUCGUGGAGGGCCUGAUGACCACCGUUCAUGCCACCACUGCCACACAGAAGACCGUCGAUGGCCCCUCCGGCAAGCUGUGGCGCGACGGCCGUGGCGCCGCCCAGAACAUCAUUCCGGCCUCCACCGGCGCCGCCAAGGCCGUCGGCAAGGUCAUCCCGGCCCUCAACGGCAAGCUGACCGGCAUGGCCUUCCGCGUGCCCACCGCCAACGUGUCCGUCGUCGAUUUGACCGUGCGCCUGGGCAAGGGCGCCACCUACGACGAGAUCAAGGCCAAGGUCCAGGAGGCUGCCAAUGGCCCCCUGCAGGGAAUCCUCGGCUACACCGACGAGGAGGUCGUCUCCACCGACUUCCUCAGCGACACCCACUCGUCGGUGUUCGACGCCAAGGCUGGCAUUUCGCUGAACGACAAGUUCGUCAAGCUGAUCUCCUGGUACGACAACGAGUUCGGCUACUCCAACCGCGUCAUCGACCUGAUCAAGUACAUGCAGAGCAAGGACUAAGCGCCGCAGCCGCAGGACCUGAGCCACAUCGCCCAAGGCGGGGGGACACACACCACGCACAGUAGAGGUCACCGUUACGUAACUGAAAAGGCUCCUCCCCCGCCCGGGCGCAAUAUUUUUUUUUUUUUUUUUUUGUGUU